AGGUGAGUGUCCCUCCGUAGAGAAGUCUGUCCCUCCUCUCCUGUCCCGCCUGGGCUGACGGCUGACUCCCCGCUGGGUGGUGCCAGCAGAGCCGGGUCUCCGACCUGAGCAGCAGGAAGUGUCUCUCAGUUGGAGACAUGAACUACUUUCUGUUGCUCCUUCUAACUUUCUUCUCCUAUCGGAGCGGAGGGGACCGGCUCUUCGAUGGAAGCCCGCUGUACCAGGAUCCGGACCUGGACCUGGGCCUGUCGGCGGUGCUUCGCCGGGUGGACCCCCGCUUUCUGUCUUUCACUAUCGACGCCAGUCUGGCAUCAGAGGAAAGGUUCAUGCUGCUGUUGAGGUCUCAGAGGAUCCGGACUCUGGCCACGGCUCUGAGUCCAGCCUUUCUGAGGUUCGGGGGAACCAAGCAGGACUUCAUGGUGUUCAGUCCUCAGAGGAGCCAGCAGCUGGAUCCAGGUGAGCCCUGCAGCAGUGUCCGGCUGCCCUGGUGGGUGGAGCAGAGGCUGAAGCAGGACUGGGCCCAGCAGCAGCUCGUCCUCACCAAGGAGGAGCAGCAGAACCAGUACAACCAGAUCCACUUCACGGAGCUCACCGUGGACCUGCUGCACUCCUUCAGCAGCUGCUGCGGCCUGGAUCUCAUCUUCGGCCUGAACGCGCUGCUCCGGACGGCAGACAACAGCUGGAACAGCAGCAACGCCCGCUCUCUGCUCGGCUACUGCGACUCCAAACAAUACAAGAUGUCCUGGGAGCUGGGAAAUGAGCCAAACAGCUUUGAGAAGAAGGCUGGGAUCCGUGUGGAUGGAAAUCAGCUGGGAGUCGAUUUCACCCGUCUCAGAAAGAUGAUGUCAGAGUUCAAACUCUACCGGGACGCCGGGCUGUUCGGACCCGAUGUGGGCCAGCCGCGGGACCGCAGGGCGGAUCUGCUGGAGAGCUUCCUGCAGAGUGGAGCCAAGGCCAUCAACGCCUGUACCUGGCACCAUUACUAUGUGAACGGCAGAGACACUUCACUAGAGGAUUUUUUAGAUCCUGACGUUCUGGACACCCUGGCUUUGAAAACCAAUGAAGUUCUGGAGAGAGUACAGCAGGAGUCUCCGGGGAAACCGGUGUGGCUCGGAGAGACGAGCUCGGCUUACGGAGGCGGCGCGCGGGGACUGUCGGACACCUUCGUCUCUGGAUUCAUGUGGCUGGAUAAGUUGGGCCUGGGAGCGAGGCUGGGCCUGGAUGUGGUGAUGAGGCAGGUGCUGGUCGGCGCCGGGAGCUACCACAUGAUCGAUGACGACCUGGAUCCCCUCCCGGAUUAUUGGCUGUCGCUCCUCUACAAGAGACUCGUCGGACCGGAGGUGUUGAAGCUUCAGCUCGUUUCUGAUUCCAGCAGAAGUAAAAGAGUGAGGCUCUAUCUGCACUGCGCCAACAGGAAGAGUUACCCCGGCGGAGCCGUGGUGCUGAUAUGGAUGAACCUGAGCAGGAAGCCAGUGAGGAUCUCACUUCCUGCCCUCGUCUCCAGCAGCACAGUGGACGCUUUUGUCCUCCAGUCCAACCAGCCGGGGGAGGAGGGACUGCAGUCCAGGUCCGUUCAGCUGAAUGGAGAGCUGCUGAAGAUGGUGGAUGAUAAAACUCUCCCUGAGCUCAACGGCACUCAACUCCCUCCAGCAGAACACCUGAAGCUUCCUCCGUACUCCCUGGGGUUCUUUGUCAUGAUGGAUGCACGGGCGCCGGCCUGCAGCUGAGCCUGGUACCGACCCUGGUUCUGAGCCUGGUACCGACCCUGGUUCUGAGCCCAGUGCCGAGCCUGGCUAACUGCUGCUGGCUAGUCUGAAGGAGCUGAGUGAAGCUGCUGAACAUUCUGGGACUGGACAUGAUCUUCUGCUGUGCAGGUUCACUCACACCAGGCGCUGCUGGAUUGUCCUGCUCUGAGAACACACACUGUUUGUAAUCAAUUUCUCCUGCUGGGAAAAACUUUUAUGUGAUAAUGUCUACAUAUUUAUCCUGAUAGAUCUCAGGUUAGUUCACAACUGGACUACUUUUCAAGAGAGCACCUUGAAAAUCGGUUACUGGACUAAGGGAGAAUUUUAAAGACGAUUAAUGAUUUUAUACCAUUUACAGCUGAGGCUUGUUUCACUUUAUUUCAUCUUGAAUAAAAAACAUUCAGGUUACAUUUCUUGGCCUGUAUUUGACAAAGA